AUGACACCUUAUAUACAUAUUAUUGGAACUCACGAUGGCGUAUUCCACUGUGAUGAAGUACUGGCGUGUUUUAUGCUCAAGUCUUUACCUGAAUACAAAGAUGCUGAAAUUGUUAGAACUCGGGACUUGAGUAAACUAGAAACCUGUGAUAUAGUAGUGGAUGUUGGAGCUGUUUUUGAUCAUGAAAAGAAGCGAUAUGAUCACCAUCAGAGGGAGUUUACUAAUACACUCAGCAUGUUGAAACCAGAACUUGGUGACAAGUAUAAAAUUAAAUUGAGUUCCGCUGGUUUAAUUUACACAUAUUAUGGUGACCAAGUUAUUAGGCAAUUGGUGCCAAAAGAUGCAACUCUUAACAAUGUAGACAUUGGAAUUGUAUACAAGAAAGUAUAUGAACAUUUCAUACAGGAAAUUGAUGCCAUAGAUAAUGGUGUACCAAUGUUUACAGAAGAACCUCUUUAUAAAAUACGCACCCACUUAAGUAAUCGGGUUGCAAGGUUGAACCCUGAUUGGAACACCGAGCAGGAAGUAGACAGUGACCAAAUAUUCACUCAAGCUAUGAAGCUUGUAAGUGAAGAAUUCCAAUUUAAUGUCAACUAUUUCGUCUCAGUUUGGCUCCCGGCAAGGAAUUAUGUAAAAUCAGCUCUGGAAAACAGAUUCCAGAUUCAUAAAUCGGGGCAAAUUGUUGAGUUCAAGGAGAGAUUCCCUUGGAAAGAACACCUAUUUGAUUUGGAAGAAGAAAUGAACAUUGGCCAUGAUGUGAAAUAUGUUUUAUUUAAGGAUAAACCAAACUCUUGGAGAGUCCAAGCUGUACCAGUUAGUCCCACAAGUUUUGUCACAAGGAAACCCUUAAAUAAGAAAUGGUGGGGUGUCCGGGACAAAGAAUUGAGUAAUGUAGCUGGUAUUGAAGGUUGUAUUUUUUGCCACUCUACUGGUUUCAUAGGUGGUAACACAACAAGGGAAGGAUCUUUAAAAAUGGCUAUUGCAAGUUUAGAAGCGAAUAUAUAG